CAACCAUUGGUGGCCGACAAGUGGCCCAACCCUUGCACUCAACUGCCAGUCUGGGCCCCAUUCAUGCAAAACAAAAAUUUCAGCGAAGAUUGUCUUUACCUAAACAUAUGGUCACCGGCAGGAAAGGUAUCAUCGAAUCGGUUAAAGCCUGUGAUGUUUUUUAUACACGGAGGGGCUUUCAUAAUAGGGUCGUCCAAUGAAUAUCAUUAUAACGGAGAGGUAUUGGCCUCAAAAGGCGAUGUGAUUGUCGUUACAUUGAAUUAUAGAUUAAAUGGCUUUGGAUUCCUAUACACGGGAACUGAUGCCGGGCCCGGAAAUGCCGGUCUCUGGGAUCAGGUAUUAAAUGGCUUUGGAUUCCUAUACACGGGAACUGAUGCCGGGCCCGGAAAUGCCGGUCUCUGGGAUCAGGUGUUGCCACUGAAAUGGGUCAACGAUAAUAUCCAGAACUUUGGUGGCGAUCCCAAACAGAUUACCGUAUUUGGCGAAAGCGCCGGCAGCAUAACUACCAGUGCUAUAAUCCUAUCGCCCAUAACUCGCAAUCUAUUCAAAAACGCUAUAAUGAUGUCGGGGUCGGCGUUGGGCGACACAGAAUCCCGCAAAAUUCACACCAAAAGUCAUAAAGUGUUUAAAGACUAUAAGCGCCGACAGUGUCUCAUAUCGUAG